CGAAUCCGUCAACAUCGCUUCACCUCACCCAAUGGAUCCUCGUCAUUUGCUUCAAGAGGCCAUGUAAUCUUGCUUCAUCAACAAUACAAUCCUUAUUCUUCGAAUCCCCAUCUUGCCGCACCGUUCAUGCUCCUACAGAUAAGAUAGUACAGGAUACUCUUCUGACUGAUCCGUGACGACGGCUGUCCCUUUGAGUAUUCGAGUAGCCGACACGCAUCUCCGACGAACCACCACCUCCAAGCAUCUCUCAAAACUAUGCCUGCCAAGUCUCUUGUAGACUUGGCAUCUGCAGUAUGCAUAAAGAAUCUUAAAGGCCUCGAAAGCAUAGGCGAUUACCUCCCUUACGCCUCCGUCCGCCAUAUUCUCCUCAAGGUUGACAGCGCCUACCAGUUACGACGUAUCGAACUCAAUUCACCGCAGCUACAAGGCGAGACGGGCGAGAUUUGGCUUCGAAUCAUCGAAAAGGACUUCCCGCUAGAAUAUAAAUCAAAGGGCUACAAACCGCAAAACGCAUCCAAAUGGUAUCGCGUCUGGGAAAAAUACAAGGCAGACCAUGACCAGGCUCUGCAGGAGAGCGAAGAAAAGCUCCGAAGUGCCUUUGCAGGCCUGAAAGAGAAUAAAGAAAAAAACACAAGCAAAAUUGUCGAACGCAAAUACCUGCCCAGACAUGGCCGCGUUGCCACUAGAAGAGGCCUUGGACCACGCGAGGGCAACACAAGCGUAAUGACCUUUGGCGGAGGCAGUCGUACAAAAACUGUCAAUGGAACCAGUAUCAUGCGAAAGGUGCGCCGCGAAGUUAAAGAAAUCCGCAACAUCCAUGGUUCACUUUCCAAGACGAUUCGCGCGCCAACGCGGCCAGCACAGCUACGGUCUGCGCCAGUGGCCAUGAUAAACGAGAAGCGAAUUGCUGCUCAACCUCACUAUCGACCACCGGUACGCGAAACAGACCCAGCAGCUGCCUCUGCAGUCGAGGAGCAUGAACAACGAGCAGCGUUCAUCUCUGAUUCAGAAGAGGAUGACGAGGCUACCCAUCAUCGCUCUGCUCUCAAAUCACCACCACAGCCUGUCCGUCGUCCAGAACAACGAAAGAUGGGCGGAUCUGCAUUUGCGCGCAAGUUUGGCGGAGGCCCAUCUUCCGCGUCCUCGCAAGUCCUAAAAUCUCCGGUCAAACGACCUCAGCCUCCUGAAGCCGCAUCACCACCACCGAGGCGUGAUGAUUCGAGUAGAGGACAAACCGAAUCAAAGACUGCCACCAAAGUUGCACAGUACCUACCCAGACCACAGGCUUCACCACCACAUGCCGACUCUCCUUCACCACCACCUGCUGCUGCUGCUGCUGCUGCUGCGGCACCGACCCAGCCACCCCGGAAGCGCAAGGCCGUUGACGUCUUUAUGAGACCGAAGAAACGCUUUUGAUAGGGUUGCUGUAGAACCACGUACUGUAUGCUCAGCCUCUUUUUGAUUUUCUUGUAUUUGGGCGGGAGUUUUUGUUUCCUCAUUGGGGUGGAAGUAUCGUCUUGUUAGAAUUAUAGAAAAACACGCCAGCGACCAUUUUUGCAUUUAGCCACAUUGGAUCCAUUCUCUUCUGCAGUGUUAGCAGCUGUCAUGAACAAUAAAACCACUGGUAUCAAUUUUUUUAAAGUUAGGCAGUCGCCCUUAUUCGCCAACUGCGGGCUAGUUGUCAGUGCGAGUCGUUAACUGUGUUAAGAUCACGGCCUCUGACAACACAGCAACCUGUUUGCAAUCACUUAUUCCGAGAAUGUCCACA